CCCCCUGCCGGCCGCGCGCAGCUGGAAGAGGAAGCGGGGCGGGAGGCAGGAAGCGGGGCCGCCUUUGCACCGCCGACGCCGCCUCGCCCGAAGCUGCUUCCCUGCCCGGAGGAGCCUCCUCUGCCGCCGCCGCCGCCGCCGCCGAGAUGCCGGCCUAUCACUCAACUUUGAUGGACCCCGACACCAAAUUCGUGGGGAACAUGGCUCUGCUGCCCAUCAGGAGUCAGUUCAAAGGGCCGGCUCCUCGUGAAACAAAAGAUACAGACAUAAUUGAUGAAGCCAUCUACUACUUCAAAGCCAAUGUGUUCUUUAAAAAUUAUGAAAUUAAGAAUGAGGCUGACCGAACUUUGAUCUACAUAACUCUCUAUAUUUCGGAGUGCUUGAAAAAGCUGCAGAAGUGCAAUUCCAAAGGCCAGGGGGAAAAAGAAAUGUAUACUUUGGGGAUCACCAAUUUCCCGAUCCCCGGAGAACCGGGGUUCCCACUGAAUGCCCUUUAUGCCAGACCCAGCAACAAGCAGGAGGAAGAGAUUAUGCGGGGGUAUUUGCAGCAACUAAGGCAAGAAACCGGCUUGAGGCUUUGCGAAAAGGUUUUUGAUCCUCAGAGUGACAAACCCAGCAAGUGGUGGACCUGUUUUGUGAAAAGGCAAUUCAUGAAUAAAAGCCUGUCGGGACCAGGACAGUGAAGACAACGGUUAGAUCUUUAGUUACAGCCUUCUCUGUUCCCAGGGGUCUUUGAAUUAUUGCUUCUGUUUUAAUAUAAGUUUUCUACCGAAAGAGAAAAGGUGUUUCUGGACGCCAGGCCAUUGACGGGAGGAAUGACGGAGCUAAAAACAACAACAAACCAAUCAUGUGCAAUUUUUGUCAAGCUCGAUAAUAAUAAAAACAAAAGUUCUUUCUAA